AUGGAACAUCCUGCAAAUUCUACACACCACAAUUUACCAAAACAGAAAGCUAGUCAAGUUCAUGAACUCAAAGAGCUUCUCUUGGCAACAAUCUCUGAUCAUUUGGACUUGAAAGACCAAUCAUCAUCUGCUCCGCCACCGGCAUUCCAAAUCGCAGAUUUAGGAUGCCACCAAGGGCAUCAUUCCUUUGAUGUGAUGAAGACCAUAACUGAAGCUAUAUCACACAAAUACAGAACCAACGGACAGAGUUGCUCUGUCCCGGAAUUCUUUGUGUUCUUUAAUGAUUUACUAUCCAACGAUUUCAAUGCCCUCUUCAACAAUCUUCCAGCAGAUAGACAGUAUUUUGCUGGUGCGGUUCCAGGCUCUUUUUAUCAAAGAUUGUUCCCUAAAGCUUCCCUUGAUUUCGUGUACACUUCAAAGUCUGUACAAUGGCUUACUCAGGCUCCUGAAGAGCUAUUAGACCCUGAUUCCCCUGCUUUCAAUGGGGACAGGAUUUUCUACAUCAAUGCUCCAACUGCAGUUUGUGAUGCAUACACAGCUCAGUUUUCCAAGGACUUGGAAUCCAUCCUCAACGCUCGAGCGCAAGAGAUGGUUCAAGGAGGAUUGAUGGUGAUUGUGAUUCCAGGCCGGGCUAGUGGGACGGAUCGAGCACAAUAUGCUUCCGUUGGUCAAGUAUUUAUUCCCCUGGAACCUAUCCUGUUAGACCUGGCAAAAGAGGGAAAAGUGAGCAAAGGUAAAAUCGCAUCGUUCAAUAUAGCGACUUAUUAUGCGUCACCAGAAGAGGUGGAGGAUGUCGUUCAAAGGAACGGAUGUUUCGAGAUUGUGGAAUUGGUCUCUUUAGACAGAAAGGUUUUAGAACCAUUUUCUGCACAUGAAAUGAGGAUGGGAUUUGGAGGGAUGUUGGCAAAGCACUUUGGGAAUGAGAUAGCUGAAGAGGUUAUCAAUCGUUACGAGAAGGAAAUUCCAAACCUUUGGGUGACUAGCAGUACCCAAGAAGGCAAUGGUCUGAAUGAAAUUCAACAGUGUUUCUCCAAAGAAGAAGGACUUCUUCUCAAGGAUGCACAUGCAGUUGCUUGCAGCCAUACUCACACUUGCAAUCCGCCCGGUCCUCAUAACACGCAUACCCAUAGUUGUAUCCAUGUUCACACCAAGAUUGUGCCUGCUCCUGCACCCCCUUCGAUUGAAGAUAAGAUUCGCCAUGAUGACGCGGUUGAGGCUGCUGAAGAAAAGAAAGCCACGAAACGAACUUUGAGCAACAGGGUAGCUGUGGGAAAGUACCGAGCAAAUAAGAAAGCUAAGGCUGCUUUGAUUGAAGAAGAGCUUGCAAAAUCAAAAGCUUUAAUUCAACAGCUGAUGGAAGAGCUUACGAAACAACAGGCCAUGUAUCAACGGCUGAUGGAAGAGAAGGCUCUUAUAGAAGGUGAAAAUGUGAAUUUUAAGUAUCUGGUUAUAGACAUCAAGAGCAGGAUUGAAGGCAUGAUAGGAUCUUCUCCAAAUCAGAUGCCAACCAUCAAAAUUGGUGGUGGGGAUGUUUGUCAGAAUCUUCAAAGCUGCAAUAAUUCACUAAGUGCACACUAUACAGAUCUCUGUGAUAUACAAUGUGUUGAUCAGCUUGGUGAAUUCAGCAAUCUGGUAUGUAUGAUGAAAAAGCACUGCAAUUAA